AACCGCGGUCGAGUUCUUGAUGGUUCCGACGUCAGUCACGCGCUUCAAACGGGAGAGCCUUCAGCGAAAGAAACAUGCGAGUCAGUGCAUGGAACUGAACGAGAACGAUUCGUUCAUUUCAAAGACUCGUUCAAAAACAACGAUUCGUUGACAGCUCUAAUUGUGAUCCACAUAUUUUGGACAGUCUUGGAUACCGUUUAUGCGUUAAAAAAAUUAAACUGGCGUUUGCAGAAGACUACAAAGCCUCAGCAGUGGAAACUUUCUAGUCACGGAAACAUUGUUCAUCUGGGUUCCUGGUUUUGGAUCCUUUGCUCUGUCCCAGUCAAUGUAGUUUCGGUGGAUCGCGGUCCCGUUUAGACUUGGUGUGACCAGAACCGCAUUUUUAAAAUGUCAUGAAGUAUCUGUUUUCAUAGGCUGGCAUCAUCUCGUGCGAACCUGCCAACGCCUUUUCUCUCCUUGGCUUCUUUAUUCUUCAAGCUGAAGGAAAAUUACUAACUUACAACGUCCAGUUUCAAAGGUUCUUAUUAAUCGUUGUAUUAACGUUUAGCAAAAUGGGUUGCACGUUAAGUGCUGAAGAUAAAGCAGCGAUGGAGAGGAGUAAGAUGAUUGAUCGAAACCUGCGAGAGGACGGAGAGAAAGCAUCUAGAGAAGUCAAACUACUGCUGCUCGGUGCUGGGGAAUCAGGGAAGAGCACAAUAGUUAAGCAAAUGAAGAUCAUCCAUGAAGAUGGCUACUCAGAUGAGGAGUGCAAACAGUAUAAAGUCGUGGUUUAUAGCAACACUAUUCAGUCCAUCAUUGCCAUUAUCAGGGCCAUGGGCCGCUUAAAGAUCGACUUUGGGGAUCCAGCAAGAGCGGACGAUGCUCGGCAGCUCUUUGUGCUCGCCGGCACUGCAGAGGAAGGAGUCAUGACCCCCGAGCUCUCUGGGGUUAUCCGUCGGCUGUGGAAGGACGAAGGAGUGCAGACGUGUUUCGUCAGAUCACGAGAGUAUCAGCUCAAUGAUUCAGCAGCCUACUAUCUGAACGAUCUGGAUAGGAUAUCCCAGCCCACCUACAUGCCCACUCAACAAGAUGUGCUGAGGACCCGAGUCAAGACCACUGGCAUUGUAGAAACACACUUCACCUUCAAAGAGCUCUACUUCAAGAUGUUUGAUGUUGGUGGCCAGCGUUCAGAACGGAAGAAAUGGAUCCAUUGUUUUGAAGGCGUCACUGCUAUUAUCUUCUGUGUGGCACUCAGCGACUAUGACCUGGUGCUGGCUGAGGAUGAAGAGAUGAACCGUAUGCAUGAGAGCAUGAAGCUUUUUGACAGCAUCUGCAAUAACAAAUGGUUCACAGACACAUCCAUCAUUCUCUUCCUCAACAAGAAGGAUCUGUUCGAGGAGAAGAUCAAAAGGAGUCCACUUACGAUAUGCUACCCAGAAUACUCUGGAACCAGCACAUAUGAGGAGGCCGCAGCAUACAUCCAGUGCCAGUUUGAGGAUCUGAACCGAAGAAAGGACACAAAGGAGAUCUACACACACUUCACUUGUGCCACGGACACAAAGAACGUACAGUUUGUGUUUGACGCGGUCACUGAUGUCAUUAUCAAGAAUAACCUCAUAGAGUGUGGCCUCUAUUGAAGCAGAAGUUAUUCGUGGAAGGUUUCAGUGACUGGGUGUUCCUGGUUUUGUCAGUUUCCUCUGUUGGUGAAUAAGCGAGAGAGACUUCCUCCCCACUGCAUGCACUCUUCACGCUAAAUGCAGUACCUAUGCCCGUGGACAUUUUGUUCCCAUAUCAUUCUUAAUGACAAUCUGUUAUGGACAUUAUAUCUUUGCCACUUCCUUGUAGUCAUUAUUUUAUUGCCAAUACAGCUUCAUUCUGUUCAUUUUUUGAAUCCUCUGUAGGUAUUACAUAAAACCACUAUGCAUAGAUCAUAAUCCACAAUAUACAGUAAUAUGUGUCAACAAACUAACCUCAGUUGAAUCAAAUAUCUUUUUUUUCUUUUCUUUUUUUUAACACAGCAAGAUUAUGAUCUGAGUGCUUUUAAUAACAAUGGAUCAGUUCUUAUGGGAAAGUUAAUAUUUUGCCAGGUUUUUCAUAGCAAUUACUUAGCUAACUUAUACAUUUUCAAGUUUGCACACUUCAUACUUAAGAAUUAUUGGUUUAUAUUGUGUUAUAUUAUUGUCAUACCUUUAGUAAUUGACAGCUCAGUCACACAGCAACUGUACACUGUUUAUUUUUUCACUCAUCAAACAUGGAUCACUUUAUAUAACACUUUAUAUACGGUAACUCACUAUGAUGGUAUUUCUAAAAAGUAUCCCAGUAAAGGUGUGAACAAAAGUUUUUCUCACAGAUACAUCUCUGAAUGGUUCAGAAACAAUGACUCUCUGUAUGGUCAAGACCACAUGGGAACAAAUGCCACGAAAACAGAACACGAUGGCCAGAUUUGCAUUUUUGAUGGAGUACAGAUUUGACAAGACUUGUUUGAUGUGCUUUUGUUUAAUCCUGUGGAUUUCAGUAUUUUUAAGCAAACUGACACGAUGUGAUCUGGUUUUUAAUACCUGUAUUUAAUAUGACAAGUGUUGACAUCAAGUCAGAUGUUGCUUCCAGAACAUACCAAACAGCCAGAGUUAGCUGCAUGUGCAAGAAAGAUAUUAUCCAUAUAUUAUGUAAAAAGUAUGGUAUUCCAUUUCCGGUACAUUCAUGAACUCGGUCUGGAUUUAUGCAUCAACCUGUGAUUUCUUUUCUAUAUUACUGUGCAUUAUUUUAUUUAACUAUUUCAGCUAUUCGAAACAUGAAAGUGCAAAUGAACAACUAACUUUAAUGAGAGCACUGAAUCACUAAUAUGCUAAUAACCUGGUUUGUUUAAUAAUAAUAAAACAACUUUUAUUGAG